AUGGCAGACCCUCAGAAGCAGAUGCAGGCCCUCUCAGAUGAGUACCAGGCCCUUCAAACCGGUGCGUCCACCAUCCCGUUGCGUCCCAGAGGAGCGGAGCGGGGCUGCAGUCCCCGAUACAAGACACAACAGUGGAUUCAAGGAAAGCAAUGGCUGACAAUGUACCUAACAGAACUCGAUGGCCUCGUUGACGCGCGUCAAAAACUCGAAUCCCAGCAGCAGGAGAACAAGAGCGUUCAGACCGAAUUCAACUCCCUCGACGAUGACGCCAAUAUCUUUAAGCAGAUCGGGCCGGUGCUAUUGAAGCAGGAUAAGACGGAGGCAUUGAUGGCCGUGAAUGGGCGUCUGGAGUUCAUUGAGAAGGAAAUGUACGUUUCAACUAUUGCUCAUCUGGCUCCUACCGCGCAGAAGCUGGAUGGUGGAUUAAAAGCGAAGCUGUUGCUGAUUGUCACCCACAGUCAGCGAAUCGAGGGCCAGAUCAAGGAAAACCAGGAUAAGAGCGAUAAGAAGAGGACUGAGAUCGUCCAGUACCAGAGCCAAAUUCAACAACAGGCUGCUGCCGCGUCGGCCUCUGCGUGA